AUGAGCAGGGAGAGGGGCAGAGGGACAAGCAGACUCUCCACUGAGCAGGGAGCCCAGGAGGUGGGAUGGAUCCUUGCAGCCUGCGAUGGUGACCUGAGGUGAAGGCGGAGGCCUAAGAACUGAGCUAGCCAGACGCCCAGUAUGUUGUAUUUUUAACUCCUUGUCCUCCCAUCAAGACACCAGAGUCUUUUUUUUUUUUUUAAAGAUUUUGUUUAUUUAUUCGACAGAGAUAGAGACAGCCAGUGAGAGAGGGAACAUAAGCAGGGGGAGUGGGAGAGGAAGAAGCAGGCUCAUAGCAGAGGAGCCUGACGUGGGGCUCGAUCCCAUGACACCGGGAUCACGCCCUGAGCCGAAGGCAGACGCUUAACUGCUAUGCCACCCAGGCGCCCCGACACCAGAGUCUUUUUCCCAUGUUGGGGGAAAUGGAAGGCAGUUACAGGGCGGGAGAAAUGUGGAAGAUAAAAAAAAUAUGUGUUGAAGUAGCGUGUUUGGGCAAGGGGGAAGAUGGGAGCCUUUUUAAUUUUUUUUUUUUUUUUUUUUUAAGAUUUUAUUUAUUUGAGAGAGAGUGGGAGUGGGUGAAGAGACAGAGGGAGAGAAGAAUAUCCAAGGAGACUUCUCCCUAGCGGGGAGGGUGCCCCCCGCCCCCCCGGCUUGAUCUCAGCACCCAUGAGAUCAGGACCUGAGCCUAAACCAAGAGCGGAUGCUUAACCACCUGAGCCACCCAGGCGCCCCACUUCUUCUUCUUCCGUUUUUUUAAAGUUUUUAUUUUAGAGCAAGCAUGAAGGGGGGGGGGGAGAAGGUCAGGGAGAGAAUCUUAAGCAGACUCCCUGCUGAGCACAAAGCCCUACACUGUCUUCACCUUGUGACCAAUGAGAUCCUGAGUCGAAACCAAGAGAGUCCUUCCUUUAACUGUCAGAGCCCCCUGGGCACCCCUAUAAUUACUUCUGUACAUUGUCUAACCUCAAAAAAUUUUUUAGCUUUUCUUUUUUUUCCUUUUUUUUUCUUUUUUUUGAGAAUUUUGGAUUAGGACCUUUCCACUUAGUUUCAUAGUUAGAAAGCAGAAUAAGACCAGUGUGCUAUCUACUGAUGAAUUUAAUAGUGAAGGAGAGAGAGACUCAGUAGUGUGUAUGCUAUUGAAUCAAACAGAAGUGAAGGCCAGUGAUUGUGUGAGAAUCUGGAUUUCAAAUCUGCAAAAGGAAGGUGCAAAAAGAGACCAUGCAACGUAUGGUGCAAUAGCUCUACUUUUGGUGGGAAAAAUAUACAGCCAUUCUGGUGAAGCAGUUUGGGCCCCAUGGGAUCCCUGUGACAGUGUUUCCCAAAAGGGAAUAUAAGGAGAAACCUGAAGCCAUGCAGCUCCAAUGUAAUACAUUCCAAGAAGGGACAGAAGUGAAGCGUGAAGUGAAUGGUGCUGUUCCCGAUGACCCUUCUCCCAUCUCGCCUCCCGAGCCAGGCUUGGCCGAAAGCCUGUGGACUUCCAAACCACCGCCUCUCUUCCAUGAAGGAGCACCUUACCCUCCCCCUUUGUUUAUCAGGGACACCUAUAACCAGUCAAUACCUCAGCCACCGCCUCGGAAAAUUAAGCGACCCAAACGAAAAAUGUACAGGGAAGAACCUACUUCAAUAAUGAAUGCUAUUAAACUGCGACCCAGGCAAGUCCUGUGUGACAAAUGUAAAAACAGUGUUGUUGCGGAGAAAAAGGAAAUUAGAAAAGGUAGUAGUGCAAGUGACUCUUCUAAAUAUGAAGAUAAAAAACGGAAAAACGAAAGUGUAACUACUGUGAACAAAAAACUGAAAACUGACCAUAAAGUGGAUGGGAAAAACCAAAACGAAAGCCAGAGAAGAAAUGCUGUGGUGAAGGUUUCCAGUAUUGCUCACAGCAGAGGCAGAGUAGUCAAAGUUUCUGCUCAGGCAAAUACAUCAAAAGCUCAGUUAAGCACUAAAAAAGUGCUCCAGAGUAAGAACAUGGAUCAUGCAAAGGCUCGGGAAGUGCUGAAAAUGGCCAAAGAGAAGGCGCAAAAGAAGCAAAGUGAAACCUCUACAUCCAAAAAUGCACAUUCAAAAGUCCAUUUCACACGUCGCUAUCAGAGUCCUAGCUCAGGUUCCCUUCCACCCCGGGUUCGUUUAAAACCACAAAGGUACAGGAAUGAAGAAAAUGACUCUUCUUUGAAGACAGGACUUGAGAAAAUGCGGAGUGGCAAGAUGGCACCCAAGCCCCAGUCUCGCUGCACCUCUACCCGCUCAGCAGGUGAGGCCCCUUCAGAAAAUCAGAGUCCCUCAAAAGGCCCCGAAGAGGCCAGCAGUGAGGUUCAGGACACAAAUGAAGUGCUUGUGCCUGGUGAGCAGGAUGAACCACAGACACUGGGCAAAAAGGGCAGCAAAAGCAAUAUCUCUGUUUACAUGACCCUAAAUCAAAAGAAAUCUGACUCUUCCAGUGCUUCAGUGUGUAGCAUUGAUAGCACAGAUGAUUUGAAAUCCUCCAACUCCGAGUGUAGCUCUUCUGAAAGCUUUGAUUUUCCUCCAGGCAGUAUGCAUGCACCUUCCACCUCCUCCACUUCCUCCUCUUCAAAGGAAGAGAAAAAGCUCAGUAAUUCCUUGAAAAUGAAAGUCUUUUCCAAAAACGUCUCUAAAUGCGUCACACCAGAUGGCAGGACCAUAUGUGUAGGGGACAUUGUUUGGGCCAAGAUCUAUGGCUUCCCUUGGUGGCCAGCCCGUAUUCUUACUAUAACUGUGAGCCGGAAAGAUAACGGCCUUUUAGUUCGACAGGAGGCCCGUAUUUCAUGGUUUGGGUCUCCAACAACCUCUUUUCUUGCUCUUUCGCAACUCUCCCCCUUUUUAGAAAACUUCCAGUCACGCUUUAAUAAGAAGAGAAAGGGCCUGUACCGCAAGGCUAUCGCAGAGGCGGCUAAGGCUGCCAAGCAGCUGACCCCUGAAGUGCGGGCUCUGUUGACACAGUUUGAAACGUGAACGUGGACAGUAAGCACAAAGACAUUAGCAGGCUGCUGCUUUCAUGGACCCGUCCCACAGCGACACCACACCAGAGCAUCAGGACUGAAUGACAUUGGAGACUCAGAUUUUUAAAGCUGCACUAAGAAGUAAAUGUUAAGGCAGUGGUUAAAACCGACAGGGGCACUUGCAAAUUGUGCUAUAUUAAACCGAAGAAAAGGUAUUAGGGGAAUGUUUUAUAAAAAAUAAACUAUUGCAAUAAGUUAUGCAUGAGAGGAGGAGAAAAGUGAUACGAAACACGCAAAGAACUCACUUGAAUUUUAUGUAUGAAGAAUCAUUGACCGUAACUUUUUCUGAAUGUGAAGUUCUUUUCAGUACAGUUUGGACAGGCCUAAAAGGCAUGGGAUGAUGACAGAGAUGCUGAAUUAUUUUUUAAACUAAAACUUUGUGCUUUCUCCAAGGUUUUGUUCAUCAGUUCAGAUAUGAGCAAAGGCAUUUCUAAGAUGGCUCUCCUGUGACACAGCAAGAGUCACAGCUGCCCAGGCGAGGCCAAGGUCUCCUUCAGGCUUCCAGUGGAAACAACAGAAAAGGUUCUCUGACAUCCUAUAAAAGGGUGGUAAAGUGCCCCGCCCCACCCCAAAAAGAGAAUUUGGAUCUUUUCUUUCUUCAAUAAAACAGGGCUGUAUUAUCUUAAAUAUACAUUUGCUUGUUAGAACAUAUUAAGAUGUAUUUAUUUGCCACCAGUAUUUAACAUUUUGUGCACAUUUUCAUAACUGCAUUCUUACCUUUUAAAUUCUGACUCAAAGUGGAUAGGCUAGUGUUGACCUUAGAGUGAAAAUGUAUACUCUAAGAGCUAGUUCUUAAUUCUACCGAGGUGGACGGGCUUUUUCCCUAAAUUUUGGUGUGGACCUCUCUCACGGAGAGCCCCUCCUUCUAAGUGCAGGAUAUUCUCCCAGGUGUCAGGUGGGACUUGACCCUGGGAACAACCAGUAGGAACAGACCCAUAAAGAGCUCUCAUGCAUGGAACAUGAAUUCUUAUUAAUGGAGACCAUUAUGUCUUUCUUGUCUUUGGAAAAUACAUAUUAUGAAAAACCUUAAUUUUUCUUUUUAAUGAAUGGAGAAAACUUUCAUGAGAAAACCAGAUGGACCUAUUAGUACUACAUUUUUAAGGCAUUUUAUAUUUGAUGGUGCCAUACUUUUAAUAAUAAAACAAGUUUUUUAGUGGCAAUACGGAUUUAUUUUUUAAACCAGAAAGAUAAUCCAUAUUGAUUACUUAAUACAAAAAAGGGGGAAAAAUGCCAAAAAAUUAAACACAAAAUUCAUUUGAAGCAACAUAACAGAUAAUUGAGCAUUUGGCUCAGGUGUUCAAACUUUCCAUAAUCUUACUGUAGGGUUUGGGAUUUCUUAAUAACCCCACGUUCAGGAUUAAGAAAAGGUUCUGAGUGAGAGCUGGAAAACAUUUGAUGGACCUCACUAGGACUUGUUUUACAACUCAAGAAGAAAAGGAAGACAGUCUUCUAGUGAGCUUAAUACAAAUUCUAAUUACACGGCAAGUAAUGAAAAGUUUGGAGCACAUUCUAAAAUCUUUCUUUGGAAAUCUUCAGGAAGUCAUACACAUUUGAUCAAAUCUGAAAAAGUCAGCUCAGGAACUGAAGCAGCAGGGAGCUCUAAAGAUUAUGUGUACCUCCAAGGCCCCCUCUUCUUCACGGCCCUAGGGCUUAGGCUGGGGUCCAUCUUGUUCUGAGACUGAACACCAGCAGUACCUUCAGGCUCGCUUCAGGAACCAGAUAACUCCAUGCCAUGGUGGACUUUACAAUAAUGAAGCUUUAGAAUUCUUUGCGCAGAGUGAUGGAAAUGACCAAGAAAUAAUACAAAGGCAAAACCUGAUCUCUCCCAAUUCUUUUAAGUAUCUGAAUAUUUCUUCUCAUGACAAAAUUCUCAAAGGUGUUUUGUUAUAAACCACGUUUUCAUUUUUUAAUAAAUGAAAUUUGGUGGUAUUUACAAUCUAGACAUACCAUGUUGCUAAUUCACUUUUCAUUGCUUUAGUUGCUUAAUAUUUAAGCUUUGCUUCAUGCUACCUUUGUCUGUAUUUCAAAUCUUCACAAGCCUAUUUCAUUUUGUAGACUUGAAUGACAAAAGUUGUUUCUCAUCUAAAGUAUGCUAAGACUUAAAUGUUAAAGAAUGUUGUGUAACAUUUAUCCAAUAAAGUCUUGAUUUUUUAAAA